AUGUCGGCUUCAUCGAUAGAGGCACUAAAUCCCCUCCCCGUCCCCUUCCAGUUCUCCACAAAUCCGCUCUGCACCAACGACUGCAUCCCCAUCAUCCUCUCCUCUCGCUACUGUUCUUCUCUCUUUCCUGAUUCCUCAUCCUUCGAAAAUAUCACAGCCUACAACCGCUGUUUCUGCAAUAACCCCUACAUCCUCCCUCUAACAACCGGUCUCCAAUGUUCCUUCCUCUGCGGUCACGAUAACCGUGCCAAAAUCAUCGACUUCAUCAAAGGUCCCCUCGGUUGUGGCACUUAUCCUCCCUGGAAUACUAUUUCCUCAUCGAUCCCCGAUCCUGAGUCCUUCGCUCCGGAUUAUUCACCGGCUGAAAGGUGGUGGAGAAAAUGGUCGGAUGGUGAGAGGUUUGGAAUUAUCCUUGGAUGCUUCUUGGGCGCCUGGUUUGCCGGGUUCUUCAUCUUUGGGGUGCUUCAGAGAUCUGUCCAGAUAGCUAAGAAUCUUAGACAGAAUUGGAAGCAGAGGAAUGUUGUGUGGCUUAAUCGAUGA